AUGAAGUUCGCCGCAUUCCUUCUGCCUCUCAUUCCCGCUGCACUUGCGGCCGAGUGUUCCCGUGAUGCCGGCUGCCCCGGUUGCGGUACUGUCGACAGCGUCAGCUUCACACAAAACGGAAACACCUACACGGCCACCUCCCCUUCUUACGGCGUCAUGACCAUGGACGACACGACCGUCUCUGUCCAGAACACUUCCAACAAGUGGCUGCUGUUCUGCGUAUACGGCUCUAUCUGUGUGCCUCUUGGUGCCGGCGACUCCUGCACCACUGCCCGUCAGUCUACCGACAACCCAGCCCUCGGACUGCAGGUGUGGUCUCAGUAA